GCCGCAACGAGAGCGAGGGCCACAUGAUGAAAAGAAGGGGACAAAGUUCAACCAAAACUUCAGGAGGAGGGGGAGAAGAACUUGGAAGUUGGAGGAGGAGGAGAAAGGAGCAGCUUUCGAGUGCUAACGCCUGCUUCAGAUCCUGUUUCUGUCCUUUGCUUAGUUCAGGUUUCCAAAUCGAUGCACAGAUUUUGGAGCUGCUGGCACCAUUAGAGAAACCAGUCAUUGAAGCGAACUGUGGGCAGUGAGAAAGAGGUAUUGCAAGCUGAAGCUCUAGAUUCCCAUUGGAAGACUCCCUAGUUUUAGAGAAACUUCUCACAACCGGUGGUGGUUGCCUCGUAGAAAGUCAUGUCGUCGUUGAGGAACGCCGUCAAGAGGCGGACGCACAAGGAGCGCUCGCAGCCAAGCGAUCGCAAGCGGUUUGGCCUGCUUGAGAAGCACAAGGACUAUGUCCUGCGCGCCAGGGACUACCACAAGAAGGAGGAAGCAAUCAGGGUCUUGAAAGAGAAGGCCGCCUCUCGCAACCCCGAUGAAUUCUACUUCAAGAUGCAAAACAGCCAAACGGUUGGAGGCAUUCACAUUGGAAGGAAGGACGAGAAGAAUAAAUACACCCAGGAGCAGUUGCGGUUGAUGAAGACACAAGACAUUGGUUAUGUCCUGAACAGGGCCCAAGAAGAGAGGAAGAAAGUAGAGCGGAUGCAAGCAACUUUGCAUGGGCUGGGGCGCGAGCGACAAAACAAGAAGGUUCUUUUCGUGGACGAGGGGGAAGACGUUGGCGACCGGCUCCCUUCUGGCAGCGGCCAGCAAGAGGACGGCUCUGCGCUCUCCGUUCUACCGAAGCGGAUUGAAAAGCGUCGACAAGCAGCGUACCGGGAGCUGCGGGAACGGAAAGAACGCGCCGAGAGCAUGAGCCACAUAGCAAACAAAAUGCUGCUGCAAAAGGAACUGAUGGGAAAGGGAAGGAAACGGAAGUUGACGCCAGAAGAGGUAGAAAAUCCUGGGAAAGGCUCAGUUUUCAAAUGGAAGCGUGAACGGAAAAAGUAGGCGUUGCAAAACCAACUUUCAUCCAGAGGGCCGAUGGGUUCAACCACAGACUUGCUCAAUGUUACGAAUAUCGUUUCUGUGCACGUCGUUGACCUGCUAUUCUUGUCCCUUGAUCGACGAAAUGCAGAUGCCAUCUUUAAAUUGGCUGGGCGUGAUAAGAAGUCUCACGCAGACGCUUGCACAAGGUUAUAAGCAAAGCGAUUUCGCAAAAGCGUACAAGAACGUCGCUAGGCGGAUCAAACAUUAACUGAUUGCAGCUAAACGACGACAGCUGCAGUGACAGCCGCUGUGCACAAUCUGAACCCUUUUCGAAGCCCCUUGAAAGUAUGUACCGUACUUUAAUUUGAUUGAAUGUCGAACACUUGGUAAAUGCCAGC